GGAACUGGAAACUGCUGUGCUGUGUGAUGAACCCAUGAUGACAAAUAAAAUAGUUGGCAAAAACUCAAAAACUGAUGUUUAAUCAAGGCAUAAGUCAACAAGCCUUGGUUGGAUUGAUUUGCUAAUCUCUUAAUGAUCACACCAAUUUCUGCCCAUAUCGUGUUGCCAUGUACCCCCAUCAACCUCCACCCCAUUAAAUUAUUCAUUUUUCCUUCUCUUUCUCCCUCUUUCCUCCCCAUUUUCCCUUUGUUUCAUACUCUGUACAAUGACAUUGUUGUUCAACAGAUGGGGCAUGGAAUACCCAGAAAUGUAGCUUUUAUUUUCCACCUCCUGUCCUAAAGUCUGAUUCUUUUCUUCUCGUAAUCCUCGAAAUCUUCCAAUGGCAAUAUCAGAGGAUUCGAAGGCCGGGAUUUGUUAUAUAUGGGUCAUCUCUUCCCUUCUUUUGAUCUUCACAGUCUCAGGUGCAGUCUUCUUGGUGCUGUACAUGAUCCAGCCUGCAUACCUGGAUACUUCGUUGUACCCCGUUAUUGGCGGGUCUCUAGUUUGCUUCCCUUGGUUCUUUUGGUUCCUCACAUUGGUUUAUCGGAUUGUUUCACGUGCUUGUGGGUUUAGGAUGUCUUGUUUUGGUUCCUCUGGUGCUGAUCACCCUGAUGAUGCUGUUCCUUCUGGUGUGUCGGCUAGGAAUAGUAACGGGGAUGGUGUUAGUCCUAUUCAAAUUGUAAGUACAGGUACUAGUAAUGGUGUCGUCGAUGGUGGAAAUGGUAGCAACGUUGAUUUAGAAAAUGGGAGUGGGAACGAGAAUGAAAACAGAGCAUCUGGGGUGGUUGUACAGCCAGGAAGUCCUAGAAGGGUUCAUUUUGGAGGGGUAGUAGUAUUAGGUGAGGAUGAUGAAGGUGCCCCUGAAAUCCAGGAAAGUCCUAAAUCAUUGUCGUCGUCAUCAUCUUCUUCUUCUCCAUUGACGGAUAUCAAUGAGAGCGAAAAACCUCUGAAAUUAUAUAUGGCUUCUUGAUCCCAGAAGUUUAAAGAACGAUAAUUUCAUGUUAUUGACAUCUGGUUGAGAUCGACAUACAUUUUGUGAAAGAAGAUGCAAUACACAAUCACUUGAUUCACAUCUUCUGAGUUGGCAAAAUUUUCUAGUUAAAUCAAAUGAGGAAAAAUUUGCUGUCAUUUUCACAAAAAUGGAGCAUUGGAUUUAGAACAAUUGAGGGGCAGGAAGAACGGAAAACUUUGACUCGGAACUUACAAAAUUUAUACAUUAUUGUAUACAAGAUUAAAUUUAUACUUCAUUGUAUAUAAGGUUUGUAAGUUGAUAGUCACUUGGCUAAUCAGAUCCAUAUACUUGUUUGUGUAAGUAGAUUUGUACUCCAUAAGAGAUUCAUAUACAUGAUUACGCGAGAGGUAGAGACGAGUUCUAUAUUUUGAUGAGGGUAAUAUACGAAUUAUUUUGUUAUUGCAUUAGGUAUUUGGUUUAUAUUAUUUUCUUAUAAUUUUCUAGACUCAUUAGCACUCUGUUUAAUUUUACUGCCAAAGAAAGGAGUGGUUUUUCGAAUUGAAAAUUUCGCAAUAAUACAGAGUGAUUUCCAAAGUAGAAAUUAUCGAAGGGUAUGAAAUUGAAGAAUAAUUUUUGAACUCAAAUCUAGAUUCUAGAAAUCUAGCCAGCCUUCCAUAGCAUAAGUGCGUGUGAUUUUACUUGGAAUUAUAUUUAAGUUUGUGUUUAAUACUUUAAUAGAAUAUGAAACAACCGACACAACUUCAGACAUUUUUAGGUUUAUAUUUUGUGAAAAUUAUGUUAAACUUAAACCUGGCAGUAGCUCUUGAAAAAAAAAUGUACUCCGUAUUAUUGACUUGCAAAACAUAUUCGUUCCUUUUUUUUUUUUUAAAUUUUUUAUUAUUUUUAAUAUCCUUAUUCCAUUUUUUUUUAUUUGCCUCAUGUAUUUUAACUCUUUUUACACAAUUUUCAAUGCAUAUUGAUUUGGGUAAAAAUUCCCAAGCUACGUGGACCAACCAGAAUGUGACACAUGU